AUGUUGGAAGCAAUAAGUAACUCAGAACAGUCUCCACCGAGCUUUUUUUGCACAUAUCCGUCUGUUUUACAGUAUGAAAUGGUUGUGGACAUCGUGAACAAUCUAGUGCUUUUCGUGGAUCCCAAAAAGAAAGAACUUGCGGAACAAAGGCGAAAACUACGAUUUGCUUGUCAAAUUAUCGACAUGAAAGAGAUGCGACAGCGAAUUGUAGAGCAGCAGUGUGAACUCCGAGAGAUUGUAUCAGUUGUGCGAUCUUUGGAACGACAGUUGUUCUAUAUGGAUUCUCAAUCCAACGGAGAUGUUGAUGAUCAGAAACGUCGAGAAAUUGUAGAUGAAAUGGAAGAUGUGAAAGCAAAACAAUUGGAGGUGUCGGAUAAGUUGGCGAUAUACAUCAGUUGCUAUAAACAGCGUCAAGUAGAGGCAGCCCGUGCUACUGGUUUUAAUAAACUAGAAGAAGAAGAUGGUGUAGCUGCUGUUGCAAGAAGAUUCGAGGUAUGCUUCGAAGAUUGCAUCUGGAAAUUGACUGAAAGCGAUGGUCAGAUUUCCAUAGCUCAAAUACAAAUUCGAAACUUCUUGUACACAAGAACUAUGCGAAUAGAUAACUCGGGUGAGCAUCUGUUUGAGGUCGGUACGAUACGGGUCACAAACCUUAUCCCGGACACUAUUUAUAAGGAUACUUUGCACAGGUUUGUUUUGCUCUAUACCGUUUUGGAAGUUGCGUAUUGGAAUUGAAC